UUUUUUAUUUUUACAAUUUGCGAGAAUAGGCUACUAUAAAAGUUUGAUUAAGAAGAAGGUAGCUGAUGAAUAAUGAAUUGGGGGUGAUUUUUGAUAGCUAGCCAGAUGUUAGCAACGGGCAAAGUGAAGUGGAGACGGUAGUUGCUGCGAGGUUUAUAACUAAUUAUCUUUCUGUUUCUUUACCUGGCUUUUGCGUAAAGUUUAUUUAAAAAAAGUCAGCUACUAUAAUGCCAAAUGGCAACUGAACAGGACAAUGAAUUUUGUUCCUUCAACGUUGGUGGUUGUUUUUUUUCCAUCCGGUUCAACCGACUUUCUCACCUUCAGGACUCCUUGCUUUUCAAAGACACGUCUUCUGGUCAGAAACCACGGUGGUUUAUCGACAGAGACGGAUGCACAUUCAGACAUGUACAGUAUUAUCUACAAACUGGAAAACUAGCUACAUCAUGUGUAUCAGAACUAAAUAUUUUAUAUGAGCUUACUGCAGGUCUACGUCUAACGUCACUGCUGCAGGCCUUAGAGAACCUCCAGUCAGGGAAGCAUUUCCUGCGAGACCGGCCAGUAGACCUGCAGGUGACUGAGAGAGCCACCCUGAACUACUGGAAGACCAGAAUCUGUAACACCAGAGAACCUGAACCCAUAGCCAGCCCAGUGUCCUCAGGUCACGAUGCGGUACCCCUGGGUCUGGUGGGGACUCCUCUGGUCGACGGCGACGAGGAGGUGCUGUACUGCUUCGUUCCCAUGGAGACGGUCCGCCUGUACCCCGCCCUGGUGACGCCUCACAACCUGCUGUGGCUGUGUGACGACCUGGUCGUCAUCGAGUGUGACAGCUCUCUCUUCAGAUUCAUAGUGUGGAACCGUCUGAAUACGUAUGAGUACAUUGUCAGACAGAGGCAUCGCCAGGAGCCCAGAGACAUCAGUAAAGGAGUGCAGGGGACCCAAGCAGCGCCUCCUAAAUCCAACCUCAUCAAGUUACUGACCCUGGCUCUCACCUGUCCUGACAGUUACAGACCCUGA